UUAGAGGGCUGUGACAAUCCUGUGUAAAUGUAUACUGUUGUCAGCAACACUGAAACCUUGUAAACUGUUUCAGUAAAAGCUAUGAUGAGUUACCUUUUCAAUAAUAUGUAGCCAAGGCAGUGUGUGAUUGGCUUUGCUAAUCUCCACCACAUUCCUCUGGGUGGGGGUUUAUUGUGUGUGUGGGAGAGAGAGGGAUGGAGACUGAAUGACUAUUGUGCACUAUGAACCUGUGAAUGCCUCUGUUUAACAGGACUCCGACUGUUUCUGUUCUCACAAGGAGCGCUGAAGAAAUAUGAGUAUGAGCAGAAGUACCAACAUCGAUGCGGUGGAGCUGCAAGAAGGCAUCCAGAACGCAGCCUUUCAGGAGGAUGAUGAUGAUAAUGGUGAUAUUGUGUGUAUUCAGCGGGUCUCCAGCCAGCCAGAGGAGAGCGAAUACACGCAGAUCAAGCCGUAUGCUGGGAUGCCUAAAGAGGUGCUGAUGUUGUACUCCAACAGGCCCUGCUAUCGGAUCCCUCGCGAGGUCAUCUUCUGGCUGGUCAUCGCCUGCACUCUGGCUCUCAUUGCGAUGACUGCGGCUAUUGUGGCACUGUCGCCUCGGUGCAUGAGCUGGUGGCAGCUGUCGCCCGUCUAUCAGGUUUACCCACGCUCAUUUAAAGACUCAAAUGCUGAUGGGGUUGGAGAUCUAAGAGGAAUUAAGGAGAAACUGGGUCAUUUCGAGUACCUGAACAUUAAGGCGAUCUGGAUCAGUCCUUUCUACAAGUCUCCUAUGAGGGACUUUGGAUACGAUGUGGAGGAUUUCAGAGAUGUUGACCCUCUUUUUGGAACAAUGGAAGACUUUGAUGACCUCUUGACUAGCAUGCACGAUAAAGGUUUAAAGCUGAUCAUGGACUACAUCCCGAACCACACCAGUGACAAGCACAUCUGGUUUCAGCUUAGCCGUAAUUCCGUAGAGCCCUACACAGACUAUUACAUCUGGGUUAACUGCACAGCAGAUAAACCUCACAACUGGGUGAGUGUUUUCGGGAAUUCCACAUGGGAGUAUGAUGAAGUACGGCAGCAGUGCUAUUUCCAUCAGUUCCUCAAGGAACAGCCAGACCUGAACUAUCGUAACCCCCUGGUCUUACAGGAGAUGACGGACGUAAUCCACUUCUGGCUGAAGAAAGGGGUGGACGGGUUUCGCAUGGACGCUGUGAAGCACAUGCUGGAGGCCACGCAUUUGAGAGACGAACCUCAGGUUGACCCUGAGCAAGAUCCAUCGACAGUGGACACCGAGUUUGAGCUGUUUCAUGACUACACAUACACACAAGCAGGACUCCAUGAGAUUCUGACAGACUGGAGGAUACAGAUGGACACCUACAGCCGAGAGCCUGGCCGAUACAGGUUUAUGGUGACAGAAUGUUACGACUAUGAAGAGAUCGAUAAAACCAUGAGGUACUACGGGACAAACUACGCCAAAGAAAGCGACUUCCCGUUUAACUUCUAUCUACUUUACCUUCCUGACCUUCUGUCUGGAAAUCAUGCCAAAGGCCUAGUUGACUUAUGGAUGUCGAACAUGCCGAAAGGAAAAUGGCCAAACUGGGUGGUAGGAAACCAUGAUAAGCCGCGUAUUGGCUCAAGUGCUGGUAAGGAAUAUGUGCGCGCUAUAAACAUGCUGCUGCUCACACUGCCUGGAACUCCCACAACAUACUAUGGAGAAGAGAUCGGCAUGGUGGAUGUCAACAUAUCUGUCAUUCAGGAUCCCGCUGGACAGUAUGAUCCAAGCAAGAGUCGGGACCCGCAGCGAACACCAAUGCAGUGGAAUAAUGAGCUCAAUGCUGGUUUUAGCGAGAGUCUGAAUGGCACAUGGCUGGACAUUGCUUCUGACUACAGAACGGUCAAUGUGGAGGUUCAGCAGGACGAUACAAGCUCCACCAUUUCCCAGUACCGAGCUCUGAGUUUGCUCAGAAGUUCCAAUAUGAUACUGUCCCGAGGCUGGUUCUGCUACGUUUGGAGUGAUGUCAAUGUGUUCGCUUAUUUGCGCGAGCUGGACGGACUCAAUAAAGGCUUCCUGGUGGUUCUAAACUUCGGCAAGGACACAACAACAGACCUGUCUUCAGUUAAAGAGUUGCCAGACUCCCUCACUCUGCAUUUAAGUACAGUGUCAAUAAGCCAGACCAAGUUCCCUAAAUCAAGAAUCCCAACAUCUCAAGGGCAGGGUUUGCUUCUGGAGUAUUCCAGCAGUCAGAAGUUUCACCCCAACCAUCAAUCUCAGUGCUAUGUGUCUGAGAAAGCCUGCUACCUACCCGCACUAGAUAUCCUUUACCAGUGUUGAGGAUUAUUUUUAGCAACCAGACCGACACAGUUAAUCUAUAAAGGUUAUCUCUCCUGGGUUUAUCUUUCUGUGCUAGUCCUGUCCACUUUAAAAUAGCAUUGCUACAAAAUGGUGACUCCAAAUGUUUUUUUUUUCUGAAUUGCUUUGAUAAUGUCUCAAUUUUGUUUAGUGUUAUCUAAUAAAAUAAAUAUUAAGUGAUAAAGGCUAUCA